AUGGCUGCCCACUACAGGAAGGACAGUUAUGAAGAUGAUGCACACUACCCUGACUACCUAGGGUCUCGGAGCCCUUCGCAGGGAUAUUCAAAACCUCAGGUUUAUUCCCAGUUUCCCGGUCUUCUGAACAACCUGGGUCGACCCAGCCCGAGGAGCAAUCCAUACGCUGCAGGCUCCAGAACAAAUCCAGACUACCCCGGGGCCCUAGCAGAACCAGAUUACCCCAAGUCUCCUAGUAAUCCUGACUAUCCCAACCCCAGGAAUACCCCCAAUUCUGCAGAUUCCAGAACAGGUGCAGACUAUCCCGGAUCCCUGCCGGAGCCGGAUUACAGGGACCUUCCGAGCAAUGCAUACCGCUCAGGCUCCCCUGGAGAGCCGGACUACCCUGGAGCCUUUGCAGGCUCCAGAACAAAUUCAGUCUAUCUGGGACCCUUGGGAGAGCCAGACUACCCUGGCGCCCAGGGAGACUCCAGCCACCCCAGCCCCAGAGCCACUUCCAACCAUCGGGGCUCCAGAAGGAAUGUAGGCUAUGGUGGCUUCAGCAUCAACCCGUACGCAGACUCUCCGGAAGAACCCCACUAUCCGGGGGCUGUCCGUCCACCCAAUUCUCCACGCUUUUUUGGGAAAGCAGACUAUCCUGGUGCUGAUGGCCAUCAGAAUUCUCCAAACUUUUGGGGGGAGCCUGACUAUCCAGGUGCUGAGGAUGGUCGUGACUGUGGUUCUUCUGAGACCCCAGAAAUGGCCAGGAGGGUGCUCAGAAGUACAUCUUCAAUGAAGCCCUCAUUUCAUUGCAGGGGUGAUGGCCCCUUGGGCAUCCUUGGUAGAGAGAAUGAAGAUUUCCCUGAAAGCAUUGAAAUGACAUCAAGGGAUAUGGCAAGUCCAUAUAGCCGCUCUCUGCCAGGCACUCCUGGAAAUGGCUAUGUGAACCCUGCUUAUGUGGGUGAAAGUACCCCUGGCUGUGAUUAUGGAAACCCGCCGUUGUCCGAAUGUGACUGGCACAAGUCACCCGAAGGACAAAAGUUGAUUGCAUCCCUGAUAUCCAUGACAUUUAGAGACAGAAUUAAAACCAUCAGAAGCCAGCCAAAGACUAUGGAAGAGAAACGGAAGCUUAGGAACAUAGUUGACAGAGAAAAAAGUAAACAGUCCUACCAUACCUUUGAGAUCAACUACUGUGCUCAGUGUCUGAGCUCCAUAUCUCUGGCUUACCGGAGAUCCAAGAACAGCCUCUCAGAGCUCCUUGAUUCCAUCAGCUUGUGGCAGAAGACACUCAAGGUCAUUGGAGGCAAGUUUGGAACCAGUGUCCUCUCCUACUUCAACUUCCUCAGGUGGCUCCUGAAGUUCAACGUUUUCUUCUUCGUCGUGAUCUUCAGCUUCAUUGUCAUCCCCCAGUUUACGGUGGCCAAUAGCAACACCGUGCGGUUCACUGGCUUGGAGUUUUUCACAGGGGCAGGUUAUUUUGGGAACACGGUGAUGUACUAUGGCUUUUACACCAACUCUACGAUCCAGCACAGGAACAGUGGGGCUUCCUAUAACAUGCAGCUAGCCUACAUCUUCACCAUUGGAGUCUGCCUGGUCAUCUGCUUCUUCAUUUUGCUGUCCAGCAUGGCCAAAUAUUUCCGGAAUAACUUCAUCAACCCCCACAUCUACUCCAGAGGAAUCGCCAAGCUGGUCUUUUGCUGGGACUUCACUGUCACACAUGACAAGGCUGUGAGGCUGAAGCAGAAGAACCUUAGCACCGAGAUCCGGGAGAACCUGUCGGAGAUCCGUCAGGAGAAUGUCAAGUUCACAUUUCACCAGCGGCUGACCCGCUUUUCUGUUCAUGUGAUGGCCUGGCUUGUCUCUACUGGAGUGGCUGUCGCCUGCUGUGCAGCUGUGUAUUACCUGGCUGAGUACAACUCUGAGUUCCUGAAGGCGCACAAGAACCCCGGGGCAGUGCUGCUACUGCCUUUCGUUGUGUCUUGUAUCAACCUGGCUGUGCCACGCUUCUACUCCAUGUUCAGGCUGGUGGAGUGGUACGAGAUGCCGAGGCAUGAGGUCUAUGCGCUCCUGAUCCGAAACAUCUUUCUGAAAAUAUCAAUCAUUGGAGUUCUUUGUUACUAUUGGCUCAACAUCGUGGCCCCAUCUGGUGAACAGUGCUGGGAGACCUUCAUCGGCCAGGAGAUCUACCGGCUCCUUCUGAUGGAUUUCGUGUUCUCCUUAGCUGAUUCGUUACUGGGGAUCCAUUUUCACAGGCUUAUUGGGAUGAAAUGCAUCACAAGUCUUGGCUUACAGGAAUUUGACAUUGCCAGGAAUGUACUAGAACUGAUCUACACACAAACUCUGGCAUGGCUUGGGAUCUUCUUCUGCCCGUUACUACCACUAAUCCAGAUGUUAAACCUCUUCAUCAUGUUUUACGUCAAAAACAUCAGCCUCAUGAUGACUUUCCAGCCCCCGAGCAAGGCCUGGAGGGCCUCGCAGAUGAUGACGCUUUUCAUCUUCCUGCUUUUCUUCCCGUCCUUCACUGGAGUGCUCUGCACACUGGCCAUCACCAUCUGGAGGUUGCAACCUUCAGCUGACUGUGGCCCUUUUCAGGGUCUGCCUUCCUUCAUUCAGUCCAUCUACAGCUGGAUUGACACCCUGAGUAAGAACCCUGGCUACCUGUGGGUUGUGAUCUAUCGGAACCUCAUUGGAAGUGUGCACUUCUUUUUCAUCCUCACCCUCAUUGUGUUGAUCAUCACCUAUCUUUACUGGCAGAUCACAGAGGGAAGGAAGGUCAUGAUUCGGCUGCUGCAUGAACAGAUCGUUAAUGAAGGCAAAGAUAAGAUGUUCCUGAUAGAAAAAUUGAUCAAGCUACAGGAUAUGGAGAAGAAAGCCAACCCCAGUGCACUGAUUCUGGAAAGUAGAGAGACGGAGCAACAAGCCUUGGCGUUUGGGGAACAUGAUGUCUCUCCUGACCUGCGAUUUAGGCGAUCAGUUCAAGAGGAAAAUCCAAAAGCCUGA